CCUGCAGAUGUGGUUGGCUUCUGCACACAGAAAUGGAUAAGAGAGAAAAAGCUCACUGUCUGGUUUUGUUCUAUCCAAUCCAAGGCCACAUUAAUCCCAUGCUCCAAUUCUCCAAGCGUUUACAGCACAAAGGACUCAAAGUCACAUUGGUCACUACCCACUCUGUUCACAAGGCCAUGCAUGGAGGAGCAGGAGAACAAUCACCAUCAUCAUUCUUUUCCAUUGCACUGGAGACCAUUUCUGAUGGCUUUGAUGAAGAAGGUGGGAGUGCCAAACCAGAGAGCAUCCAGGCCUACUGGGACCGUUUUCGGGAAAUCGGCUCACAGACUUUGGCUGAGCUCAUUGACAAGCUUUCUGUGUCAGGCCACCCUGCUGAUUGUAUAGUUUAUGAUCAAAUUUUGCCUUGGGCUCUUGAUGUGGCCAAAAGGGUUGGGAUUGCUGGGGCCGCUUUCUUCACUGUAUCUUGUGCUGUUACCAACAUAUACUCUUUUGUCCAUAAAGGGAGGCUCAAACUUCCUCUCAAUCCUGACUCUGAGAUUUUGCUGCCUGGAUUGCCACCUCUUCAACCUUCAGACACCCCAUCUUUCAUCUAUGUUCCUGAAUCUUACCCUGCUUUCCUCAAACUGUCUGUCGAUCUGUUCUCUAAUCUUGACAAAGCUGAUUGGGUAUUCUGCAACACAUUUUAUGAGCUGGAACAAGAGGUGGUAGAUUGUAUGAUAAAGUUUUGGCCGUUGAGGACGAUUGGACCAACCAUACCAUCUAUGUACAUGGAUAAGCGUUAUGAAGACAACAAGGAAUAUGGUCUCAGCCUCUUAAAGCCAAACAGUGAUGGCUGCUUGAAAUGGUUAAAUGCAAAGCCAACAGGGUCUGUAGCAUACAUUUCUUUUGGCAGUGUAGCAGGACUUGGAGAAGAGCAAAUGGAGGAACUGGGUUUGGGUUUGAGGAGAAGCAAAAGCUAUUUCUUGUGGGUGGUGAGGGCAUCAGAAUCAGCUAAGCUGCCUAAAGGGUUUGCAGAGGAGACAUCUGAGAAGGGUUUGGUGGUUUCAUGGUGCCCUCAAUUGGAAAUUUUGGCACAUGAGGCUGUAGGAUGCUUUGUCACACACUGUGGUUGGAACUCUACAUUGGAGGCCUUUGCUAAAACAUAGAGAAUAUUGAGAGUAGAGAGUGGAAAGUGUAGAGAGAAUGAGAGUUGUAGAAUA